AAAUAGCUAUAAAAUGGCUAUAGCGACAGCACCUGCCAGAAUCAAAACAACAGAAGUCCAACUUUUGCACGUAAACAAAAGUAUUUAAUCUUAAGUUCCAUGGCUGUCUAUUUUCUACCAUGGAUGACGGCGAGCUGAUUAAAUUGAUCGAGAACCAUCCGAUCCUGUACGACAAGGACUGCGCCAGAAGUGUGAAAAAUGCGGCAGAAAAAGACUCCGCUUGGAAAUCCAUUUCACAGAAAAUGGGCGCCUCCGAACGUGCCUGCAUCACUCGAUGGAAAAGCAUCCGCGAUCGGUUCGGCAAGGAAUUCCGUCGCUUCCAGGAGCGUCCGGACGAACCCACCUAUUGGGACAUGUUUCCGCGGUUGCUGUUUUUAAAGGACCACUACAAGCAGGGAAUGGCGCGCAACGAGAGCCUGGACGGGAUGCGUUUUGAGCCACGAGAGCGGAAAAAGCGGCACAAACCUGAGGCGGAAUCGGAGAAACGGCGGCGGGAGGAAGAGGAGGAGGACUGCCAGGAUGAUCUACUCAACGAACAGCUCAUCCAGCUGGUGAAAAUGCAUCCUGUUCUGUACGAUCGCCACAAGAUACGAGUCUCCAAGAAUCUCACGGCUAAGAAUGAGGCCUGGAGGGAAAUAUCGGAAAACCUUAAUGUCUCGGAAGAACUUUGUUACAAUCGCUGGAAAAAACUCCGAGAUCGCUUCGCCCGGGAAUAUCGAAACCAGCAGAUCCACCAGAAUAAGCCAAUAACUUGGCGGUACUUCAACGAGCUGCUCUUCCUGGGACGGCAUUUUCGCAAAGGAGUGCCGAUUAUUUUGGAAAACAUAAAGCGCCGAGGUCGACCGCCAAAGUCCAGCAAUCAAACCGUAAAUCCUGCCAAGCAGCCACCAUCGGAGGGGGUGUCGGGAGGCGAACAGAUCUGGGGAGCGGACUAUCCCUACAGCACUGACAACGAGGAGCUGGAGGAUGACCUGGAGCUGCCCUAUGACGAUUCCGAGGAAAUAGAGAUUCUAUCCGAAGCAGAGCAGGGGGCUUCCUACGACUUUAUCCUUACAGAGUCGGCGCAAUCUCAGGACUUGGAGCCUCCACAGCAGCUGCAGGUGACCACCACCACGCCGGCGAUGACAGAGGAGAUUGUCCACACUCUCGAUCGGUCGAAUCCGGCCCUUGAAGAAACGUCCUCGAUUGUUGAAGAAGCUGGUGUUCCUUCAGCCACAUCGGAAAGACUACUUACCACCGUGAUAGCCAACAUGGAGACAGUGUUGCAACAAUCAAGGGAGUUGCAGGCGCAAAUUCAUCAAGAGCAAAGGGAGCAGCAAAAGCAAGCUACUACACCUGGAAUGGGUCUCCUGGCCAAGGCACAAAUGCUGCUAGAUGGCCUUAGCCCGGAGGAGAGGUCGAAUGCCGAACGAAAAAUUGUUCAAUUCCUUUGUCAGUGCCAGAUUAGGGCUCUGGACGGUGAAGAAAUCGAGGAUGUGAUACCUUGCCAGUUACUUAAUUGAUUUUUAAAUUGGUUUAUUUUUAGUAAUAAGUUUAAAGUGGUUACAGUAUUUUAAAGAAAUUCGAAUUAGUGCGCGCCAAGUUAACUGUUAGACUGUUGCGUCUAACAGCACUUGGAUAACAGUGUGGUGUUUAAGCGCCUUUAAAAAUGUUUAAAUAAAAUUACUUUUAAGUAAAAAGGUAUAUGUACAUUAAAUGGUUUUAAUUAAAAUUAGUAAAUAAGAUUAGAUUAAUAAUAAGAAAUUAAUUUACAUAAAACUAAAUUGAAUAAGUAAAAUAAUGUUGAUAAAAACAGGAAUCCUUGGAAACUUAGAAAAUAAGUAUGCUGCUUUGUUAAAAGAAUUACUAUUUUUAGUUUAAACUUUUUAUUAAACUUUAGAUUUAAGAAAGUAUGAUCAAAAAUGUUACUUUAAUAAGUUUACAACUAUACUUUUAAGAAAGAUAUAAUUCACAGAAAAAUCCAUUAUCCUUCUCCAGGUAAGUGACUAUGUAUCUUAAUAUUGUAGUUUUUUUAAGCCAGGUGAGUUAGACGCUGUGAAAAAAAGAGGCCUGGGGGAGGAAAAUACAAUCACACCCACGCCGGCACCAUUUAUUGCAAUUAAUAACGAACAAAUACGAAAAACACACGCACAGACACCAAAUGGAUAAACAAAUCCGUUGCCGUGCAUUUGGCGCGGGUCUGAGAGUGGCACAAAUUUUUUGAAUUUGCUUAGUUGCCGCCUUCGGUUCACUCGGUGCAGUUGCCCAGAUACAGAUACUCUCGGAUACGCGGAUGGUCAUGGAUCCGUUGGCUAUUUUAUAAUAAAAGUGUGCGUCAAAGCGCACACCCGAAUUAUUAAAAUAAUAAACGGUUAGCGCUUUUUAAGUGCCUGCGAAUGGUUUCUGUUCGGCACGACUCCAAUCCCCAUCUCUCUGCCCCGUUUAGACAUUGUGUUCUUGUUCCCACUCUCGGGGCAUAAACUAAUUUUGUGUAAAUAAACGAAAUGGCAGGCCGUUUGAA